AUGGAGUAUCUGAUUCGCUUCGCGCAGAUGCAUGAGACUUUUCGUCUUCCGGAAGUCCAGGCGCUUGCUGCGCUGGAAGGAAUCGAUCUAGAAGUCGUGCGGUAUAGCUUAGAGUCGCCCAUUUGCAUUGUCCGUCUUUCUUCCGAAGACGACGCCAGGCACCUAGUCCGCCGCGCCAUCCUGGUGCAGGCCAUCUUCGAGCUCUGGGGCUCAGGCGCCACGGUCGAGGAACUGCACGCCUCGGUGCGCAGCACCUCGUCGCACCUCUGGCCAAAGUACGCGACCUCGUCGUUCAAGUUCGGCCUGGACUCGUUCCAGGGGACGCGGACGAACGAGCAGAGGCUGGCGCUGAUCCAGACCUUCGCCUACCUGCCCUUCGCCGGCCCGGUCAAGAUGCGGGGCGCGGACCACGAGUUCGCCAUCUUCGAGGAGUGGCCGUUCAACUCGGUGCCGCUGGGCAUCCCGGACCCGGACCGCUACUACGUGGGGCGGCGGGUGGCGUCCGGGGCGCGCGACCUGCCGGCCCGCCUCGACCUCAAGAAGAGGCGGUACAUUAGCACCACGUCCAUGGACUCGGAGCUGGCGCUGGUCACGGCGAACAUGGUCCUGGCGGCGCCGGGGAAGCUGAUGUACGACCCGUUCGCCGGGACCGGGAGCUUCCCGAUCGCCUGUGCACAGUUCGGGUCGCUUGUUUUUGGCAGCGACAUCGAUGGCCGGAGCCUAAGGGGGGAUGGCGCGGACAAGAGUCUACGGGGUAACUUUGACCAGUACGGCCUGCUAGGCCAGGUGGGUGGAUUCUUCACCGCCGACCUGACCAACACGCCCAUUCGGCGGUCGCGGCUUGGCGAGCCCGGCAGCGGCGGCCGGGGUCGGCUGUUUGACGGCAUCUUGUGUGAUCCCCCUUACGGGGUGAGAGAGGGCCUGUUCGUCCUCGGCGUCCGGGACGCCGUGAAGAACGUACGGGUGGUUGAGGUGGGCAUGGAAGCGUACAAGAAACCGAACUUUGUUCCGCCCAAGAAACCGUAUAGCUUUCUGGCGAUGCUGGAUGACAUUUUGCAGUUUGCCGCCGAGACGCUGGUCGAUAACGGCCGGUUGUCCUUCUGGAUGCCGACUGCAAACGAUGAAGAACAGGAGAUCGCCAUUCCGACACAUCCAUAUCUAGAGAUGGUGGCUGUGUGUACCCAGACAUUUAACAAGUGGUCUCGAAGACUUAUCACAUACCGACGAAUACCUGAUGAAAAUGUUGACCCCACCACCCUUAAGGAGAGAGCUGCGAGGGUCCCGAUAGAUGGAGGAACGGUGGACGAGUUGAAUCCCUUCCGCCAAGGGUACUUUGCUGGGUUUAGGACUCCGGAAGCUCCAACACCUGCACCUAUAGAUGGUGAUAUAUAA